CCAAAGCCUAUUAUUUUUGUCAAUUAAUUAAAUUCUUCUAUGUCGAGUGAAGGUGAGGAUCGAUUAUUUCUUAACCUUAAAUCAGGUGCUUUAAAAAACAAUUAUUCUAGUACUAGUCAACGCCCCAAUGACUAUUAUCAGUCUCAUUGGUUGGUUGACCGGCGCCCAAUGAUAUGUCGUGUUUGUGAUCAAAUUUGUUCAGAUGCUCUAAGCCUUUUACACCAUUUUGAGAUUCACCAAGCACAAGGUUUGACCUUGUCAGUUCCCCACACCGCAGGGCCGCCGCCGCCGUCACUGCAUAUCGGUCAAAGUCAAACAGAUGGUCGUACAAAGUCUUUGCUCAACCAAUUGGAGAAGAAGCCACCCGUCGGAGAGGUUAUCAUCCUUGACAACGAAGAGGAUCAAGAUGGCAAGUUGGACCUUAAUCUCAAACUUUAGGAAGUUGAUUAUUGGUUUCUUUAGUUUGAUUUAUUAUGAUAAAUGUUUAGUUUUUUUUAUGAUUCUAGUUUAUUUGAGCCUAAAGGGUGUGCUUAAAACAUACCUAUAUAGUCUUGUUUAGCUUUUGAAUAUCGGUAUUAAUUAUAUCAUGGUUUAAUUGAUGAUGUGGUCAUGUUAGGUGAAGAUUUUAGAUUGGAUUAAUAUGUUUUGAAUCUUAAUUAAUUAACUAUUUAAAUAGUGAG